AAGGCAUUAACGUGAUUUGACAAAUUUAGGGUUUUUGUCUUUCUUUCUCUCUCACCCAUUUCCAUAAUAGAAGAAAGUCUUGCUUCAUAGCCAAAAACCCUCAAUUCUGAAUUCUUCACCAACUUCACCUCUCUCCUACCUCCCGGAGCCGCCAUGGUCGCUGCCGCCGAUGCUCCUCCUUCGGGCCAGCUGUCUCAGAAGGAGGCGGACAUCCAGAUGAUGCUCGCCGCCGACGUUCACCUCGGCACCAAAAACUGCGACUUCCAAAUGGAACGCUAUGUCUUCAAGCGCCGCACCGAUGGUAUAUACAUAAUUAACCUUGGCAAGACAUGGGAGAAGCUCCAGCUUGCUGCUAGGAUUAUUGUUGCCAUUGAGAACCCUCAGGAUAUUAUUGUUCAGUCUGCCAGGCCUUACGGUCAGAGGGCAGUUCUUAAGUUUGCUCAAUACACUGGUGCUCAUGCGAUUGCAGGAAGGCACACUCCCGGAACUUUCACUAAUCAGAUGCAGACAUCCUACAGUGAGCCUCGUCUUCUAAUUUUAACUGAUCCAAGAACAGAUCAUCAGCCCAUUGUAGAAGGUGCUCUUGGAAAUAUACCAACUAUUGCUUUUUGCGACACUGAUUCUCCAAUGCGGUAUGUUGACAUUGGGAUUCCUGCCAACAAUAAGGGGAAGCACAGCAUUGGUUGUCUCUUUUGGCUAUUGGCUAGGAUGGUACUGCAGAUGCGGAAUACUAUUCGUCCAGGGCACAAGUGGGAUGUAAUGGUAGAUUUAUUCUUCUAUAGAGAACCUGAGGAGGCCAAGCAACAAGAGGAAGAUGAAGCACCAGCUGCCCAAGAUUUUGCCAUUUCAGACUUCAAUGCCGCAGGCAUAGGAAGCUUCGCUGCUGAUGGGCAAUGGCCUGCUGCAGUCGAUCAACCUUGGACUGAAGAAGCUCCGCAACCAAUCCCAGCAGUUCCUACUAGCUGGACCCCAGAAACAGCUGCUGCAGGAGAUUGGGGUGAGUCUGUUCCAGCUCCAGUUCCAGCCCCAGAAGGUGCUGCUGUGCCUGCACCCCAAACUUUUGCUGCUACUGGCUGGGAUUAGCUUUAGACAAGACAAGAGAUUUUGAUUCCAUAGUUUUUCUUCCCCUCGGCUCAUAAAAUUCCCUUCAGAGAUUAUUUGUUAGAAAAGCAUCAUUUACGUGAUUUUGAAUCUCAGUAAAAUUUUGUUUGACAUUUGAAGUAAGUUUUAUCCUUUAAAUGCAGUAAUUUAAUUGUGUUAUUAUGGGUUUUGUAACUGUUUA